UUAAUCAAUUUAUCUUUAAACAAUUUAUCUCAAUGUGAUAAACCAAAUGUCCGAAUCUCUUUCAAAUAGUGAAUGUGAAGUGAAUGAAAUUGAAAUAAUUCGAGACGAAAUUAGUGAUUUGGAGAAACAAUUAAUGGAGACUUUGGGUUUGCCUUCAUCUUUUUCUACUACAAAGAGACACUUUAAAUCGAAGGAAGAGAAAAAAGAAGCAAAGACCAAUAAAAAAAAGAAAAGCAAUAAAAAUCUCUGCAAGUAUUGGGCUCAAAGGUAUCGAUUGUUUUCUCGUUUCGAUGAUGGAAUCCAAAUGGACUCGGAAUCUUGGUAUUCGGUGACUCCUGAAUUGAUCGGGAAUCACAUCGCAUGUAAAUGUGUGAGAGAUGGAGAAAAGUCAAUGGUCAUUAUCAUGGAUCCUUUUUGUGGAGUGGGAGGGAAUGUCAUUCAAUUCGCUUUGAAAUCACCAAAUGUCUUUGUGAUCGCAAGUGAUAUCGAUGGAAACAAAGUGCGAAUGGCCAAACACAAUUCGUGUAUCUAUGGUGUGGACAAUCAAAUUGCUUUUCUCGUCGGCGAUUAUUUCCAAAUAUUGUCCACCAUUAAAUUACCUGUUGAUUGUAUUUUCUUGUCUCCCCCUUGGGGUGGACCAAACUACUUGUCUCAAAAAGUUUAUUCCUUGUCCAAUAUGAGACCAAAUGGAUUUGAAAUAUUCGCAGCAGCAAAAGAACAUGUUUCAUGUAAUAUCGCAUUUCUAUUGCCGAGAAACAUUGACAGAGAUGAAAUUAAUUCUCUGCUUCAACCAAAUGAAUCAGUGGAAAUUGAACAAAAUCUAAUUAACAACAAACCCAAAACAAUCACCGCUUAUUUUGGCAAUUUGGUUGACCAAACAAACUCAAGUUGAUCUUUUCUUUUAUUGUUAAUCUUUUUAAAUUAUCUUUUUACUUUUUUUCUUUCUACUUAAAUCAAUUGACCAAUAAAAAGAUUAUCGAAAUUGUU